AUGUAUUGUCUACAUAUUUCUUCUGGUCUAUUUGCACUAGUCAGCAGCUUUGCUGCACUGACUCUGGCUCAGCCCGUGGGUACGCAGCAACCUCUCACAUAUACUAGUAAUGGUUAUAUAGGUAACACCUGGAUCGAAGAUUUUUGGACCACUAAUGACAAUGUCUACUGGCGCUGCACCCGUCCCGGUCUAAUCGCCAUCACCUACGACGAUGGACCAGCUAUAGAGCUUUCUUCUUCUGACCGCACAUACAAGGCCCUCGAUCUCCACUCCCGCUUGGGCGUACCCGCCACCUUCUUCGUCCUGGGCAAGUACACCGAUGAGGACGACCCCGCGUUGCAACAGAAAAUCCACGACGUGCUUCAACGUAUGGUGGAUGAGGGACAUCAAAUCGCGCACCACUCUGUAACGCAUGAGCGUAUCACGGAGAACCCCAAUUUUAUUGCUGAACUCGAGGAGCAGAAUGCUUGGUUUGCUGCCAACUUUGUGUACGGAGAUAUUCUUCGUAGCUCGAGCGGUGUCAGAUAUGUGCGACCUCCCUACCUCGAUAUGGACGAUUUGAGCGCCAAUGCGCUUGGGGCCGCCGGCUAUAAGGUCGUACAACGCUCGGCAUCCAGCAAAGAUACAACAGAGGGAAACACCGCGGACAUAGGAAGUUCUCAUAUUUGGUGUGAUACCGAGUCAGGCUACAGCUGCCCCACAGAAUACCCUGCGCCGCUGAAUGCAGAAAUCUCUGUGUCCCAGAAUUCUUGGAUAGGUCUCUUUCAUGACAGGGGGGCGGCGUUUGACUCCUCCAUCACCGCCGAGUUCAUGAUUACGCGUGCGCGUCAGAUGGGCUACCGCUUUGUGACUGUCGCUGAAUGCCUCGGGGAUAGUCCUCUCUGCUCGUGUCCGGGGAAUGCUUUCUGUGAUGAGAAUCGCGAUUGCUUUUGCAACGAAGGCUACACCAUGAUUUCAAAUCAGUGCGUUGAGAACGCGGACGAAUGUCUGCCUGAGCUUUCUUGCCCACCCGGAAGUAUUCGACUGGGGAACAAGUGCGUGUGCGAGGACGGCUUUCAAAUGAACGCCGAUCUGACCUGUGAUGACAUUGACGAAUGCCUGACCGACGGCAUCUGCUCAUUGACACCGGGUUCGGAGUGUAUCAACACUCCCGGUUCGUUCACCUGCGCGUGCCCAGAGAACACAGCCUUGUUGAACGGGCACUGUAUCACGACGGGGUGUUCCGGGUGCCCACCGAACGCUGAUGGCUAUUUGAAAGACGGUGGGGGAGCAUGUGUGGACAUUGAUGAGUGUGCGCUCGAUGCAUGCGCCGCUAUGACGAACACCGAAUGUGUAAAUACAGACGGUUCCUAUGUCUGCCAAUGCCAACUCUUCUGGCUGGGACCAGCUUGA